CAUUAGCUGAUGAUAUUUCCGUAAUACUAUAGUAUUCCGUAAUACUAAAUUAAACUCGUUUUGGAUCCUAUUUUGGAAACACAUUUGGCUCUGAUAUGCCAGAAAAUAGAAUCCCGUCACCACUAAGAAAGAAUUAUCAUUACUGUAUUUCCUUUUGAACAGAAUCGGUUUUUAAAGAGUAUAUACAUAAUCAGUUAAACUCGUUUUUGAUCACCUUUUGGAAACACAUUUUGCUCUUGUUUUCCGGCGAAAAUAAGUCCCGUCAACACGACGAAAAAACUGAAAAAGCCAAUGUUAUUAUUUUCAGUACUGCAUCAGCUGCUAGUCGCCUCGUUUUGGAUCAUAAUUCUAUGGAAACUGGUAUAACUUUCAUCUGGAAAAAUAGCUCUCACGAUACCAAGAUAAAUGAUUAAACAUGUCUCGUGCACGAACCAUAAUUUGUCUCGUUUUCUUGGGCAUUUUCUACGUAAUUUAUCAAGUUGGCUCUCCCGCGCUUUUUAGCAAGAUAGUCCGGAUGGAACAGAGAAUUCUGAACAUGUCUACCAUGUCUACUGUAGCGAGGCAUGUGCAAUCCUUAAGUAAACUCCAUCGAAGCAAAGCUGGUCAUUUCAAGAACGAUACGAAUGCACACGAAUACAAGUAUAUCCACAACCCAUCUUACACCUGCUACGAAAGAGAUGGAUCGAAAAUGAAGGUCCAUGUGCUUUUCUUUUCUCCUACAGCAACAUAUCAUUUUAAGAGACGUCAAGCGAUUCGAGAAACGUAUGGUAAUUCAAGCCACUGGGAGUCUUUGGGUGAACAGGGAACGAUGCGCACUGUCUUCCUUUUAGGGUCUACGUCAAACGAUACUCUACAAAGUUAUAUUGAUUACGAAGCCAUUCGCCAUGGGGACAUUGUCCAGGAGAACUUUCAUGACAGCUACCUUAACCUGACAUUAAAGACAACGAUGGGUUUGAAAUGGGUUACCAAUUUCUGCCGACAUGCUCAAUAUGCCAUUAAAAUUGACGAUGACACCAUGAUGAACCAACGUCGUUUCUUUAACAAAAUGUUGACCAAGCCACCAUUGACCAACUAUGCAGCCGGGAAAACGUGGGUUGGGGCAGUGGUAAAACGGGACAGAAAAAACAAAUUCUACCUAUCGAAGGAGGAAUAUCCUUUUCCUCAUUAUCCGCCAUAUUUGGAUGGACCGGUCUAUAUAUUAUCUACGGAUGUGGUCCAAAGGGCCUUCAAUGUUGCCUUAACCAUGCCCAUCUUCAAGUGGGAGGAUGUCUACCUAGGGAUGUGCCUCAAGGAAGUUGGAGUUCCACUUCGGGACAUUAAGAAUUUUCGAUUAAUGCAAUUUACCGGAGGGAGUAUGAAACGUCGUGUGCAAGAAGUGAACUCCUAUGCUUUUAUAUCAGGCUUGAAUGUUACCGAAAUGAUAUGGGUUUGGAACCAAGGUCGUAUAGGCAAUUAGUCACUGAUUAAAUUGCAGACAGAGACUGCAUAUCUCUGCUAAAGAAUACGAAAUCCUAUAAUUCAAAACUAGGAAAUAUCAAACCUCAUUAUUUCUUCAAGCCAUUUCGAUAAGUUUUCGAAUGCCAGCCUGUUGAAGUCCAUUCUUGCGGAAUUCAGCUUAUUAUUUUAGGGUGGAGUACAGUAGACAUAUCUCUUUCAAUGUUACAAUGGGUCUAGGGCGGGACAGACUCGAGAAAGCAAUUUUUCAGAAGUAACAAGGGUCAUCGUCUUUUCAUGAAGGUGACUUGGUCGUAUUUUGCGAAUGAAUCAUUGUUAUUUAAAGAGAAUGCUGCCAAAUCGAUUUUUAUGAAUUAAUAAGCCAUUUCGUAAUUAUAAGGUUGAUUUUUUAGUAUAUUAAGUGUUAUGUCUACUUGCCUGGUAUAACAUUUUUUGCGAUAUUCAACUCUUAUAAAUGUACCACUACAUAGUCCAGGUGACGCGACUUGUAGGUUACGUUCAUUAAAUUUGUUGUAAUUUUCUUUACAUUGCCGGCCUUAAUUCAAUUCAAUUCAAUUAUGGUUUAUGUCGUAUAAAAACAACACAUGUUACACAGCCAGACGGC